AUGGAAAAAAAUAAAGUGAUUAUUGGUAAUGGUAAUAUAGAGGAUAUUAUUACUUUUGAAUCUACUACCUCUACUACUAACCCACAAAACAAUAAUAACAGUAGAUCUAGAUUUCCUACUAGUAAAUGGUUACAAUUCCUGAAAACAAUUUCCAAGAAAAUUGAUGAAUUGGGUGUGGAGACUACAGGUAUUAAUAGAGUGCCACCAUAUCAGAGGGGUACCCUUGCUAACCAAUGUAGACAAGUGGCAGGCUAUUGGGUCGCCGCCACAGGAGGUCUUUCAUCAAUGUCCUCGUACCUUUUAGGUCCCCUAGUCUUUGAUUUAACUUUUAAACAAACGAUGACAUCUGGUUUAGUUUCAAUGAUUAUUGGUUGUCUUGUUGCUGCUUAUUGCUCUACUAUGGGUCCACAAUCAGGCUGUAGACAAAUGGUUACUGCUAGAUAUUUAUUUGGUUGGUGGCUGGUUAAAUUGGUCGCAUUAGCAUCGAUUUUGGGUGUUCUCGGUUGGUCUGUUGUUAACUCUGUUGUUGGUGGUGAGAUGUUAGCAGCCAUAUCAAACGAUAAGAUUCCAAUUUCUGUUGGUAUUAUCAUUGUUUCUAUACUUUCAUUCAUUGUUGCUGUUUUUGGUAUUAAACAAGUUUUAAGGGUGGAAACCUUAAUAUCUAUACCUGUUAUUUUAACGUUUAUGUUAUUGUACAUCUCAUCAAGUGAUAAAUACCAUUACAUUUAUGAUUUUGAUAAUAGUAGUAUACUGAAUCAUCAAACUUUAAAAGGUAACUGGCUAUCAUUUUUUUCACUUUGCUACUCGAUCACUUCUACAUGGGGUUCGAUUGCUAGUGACUACUCUAUUUUAUUUCCAGAGGAUACUCCAAAGACACUAGUAUUCUGUCUUACAUUUUUUGGUACAGCCAUCCCAACACUAUUUGUGGGUAUCCUUGGUAUAAUAUUAUCAUCUAUUGCUAUGUCAUAUAAACCAUGGUUGGAUGAAUAUGAUACACAUGGUAUGGGUGGUUUACUUUGGAUGGGGUUUGAGCGUUGGAAGGGAUUCGGUAAAUUUUGUGUUGUUAUUUUAAUUCUUUCUUUGGUAUCAAAUAACAUCAUUAAUACUUAUAGUGGUGCCUUUUCAAUUCAGUUAUCAUCUUUAUGGGCUGCAAGAAUACCCCGUUGGUUCUGGUGUAUUGUAAAUACAGGCAUUUGCUUAGUUUGUGCCCUUGUUGGUAGAAACCAUUUUUCCACUAUUCUAGGUAAUUUCCUACCGAUGAUCGGGUAUUGGAUUAGUAUGUAUUUCAUUUUAUUAUUAGAAGAAAAUGAAAUCUUUAGAAGAUACUUUUUACAUCUAUAUACAAAGGAAUUUCCACCAGUUACAGAUAAAGAACAGGAAGAUAAUGAUACUGGAUCUAUUGAGAGAUAUAAGGACGCCUAUACAAAUGCUUCUAAAUAUUAUAAUAUAACUACUUCUGCCACCACCAAUACUACUAGUAUUACAAGAAAUAGAAAGUUUUUUAAUAAUAUCCAUUUGUUAAAAAGUAGACAACAACGUAGAAAGAUUAGAUACAAUUGGGAUAAAUGGGAAGAUUACAAUGUAUUAACACAUGGAUAUGCGGCUACAUUUGCAUUUGUAUGUGGCAUUUCUGGUGUUGUUAUUGGUAUGGCACAAGUAUAUUGGAUUGGUCCAGUAGCAAGAAAAUUAGGUGAUCAUGGUGGUGAUGUUGCUAUGUGGCUUUCAAUGGGUAUAUCUGGGUUAGUUUUCCCAAUUUGCCGUUAUUUAGAAUUGCGUUACUUUGGUAGAUAA